AUGGACGAGAACGGCCCGAACCCGGGCAUGUUCCCCGACCAGCUGGUCAGCAUGUUGAUGAUAUCCAAGCUUUCCACAGGCCACAGCGCCCUGGACAUGGCGCUGGUGGCGCUGGUACCGUGGCUCCUGCGGCAGCUGCUGCCGCACCUGCUACAAGCGCUGCAGCGCUUUUGGGACAGGAUCUUCAAGCCUGUCGUGAGCGAGACCAUGCACGAGCGCGUGAUCACCUUCACCCAGAAGCAGUCUGACCGCUACUGCUGGAGCUCCAACAGCGAUAUCGACAAGGAGCCGCCAAACCAUCUGCUGCAGGCGGCCCUCCUGCUGCACCUCAACCGCACCGUUGACAUCGCCUCAAAGACAUCAUCCGCGCAGGUGCAGCUGCGCCGCGUCCGCAAGCAGCCCGCCGCCGGCGCGAUCGCCGGUGAUGUCGUCAAGGAAGACGGCGAAGCGGCCUCCUCCGCCUCUUCGUCUUCAGGGUGCAGCUGGAACAUCUGGAGCCGGCCCUCUGGCGACGAGCUGCUGCUGCACCUGGGGGUCGCCCUGGUGCCGCCCCAGGACACUUGGGUGGAGCUGGGAGACGGGCUAAUGUUGAAGAGAAGUGAAGAGAGCACCAGCGACGGCGGCAACGCCACCGCAAGCACCAGCGUGAAAACAACGGUGGUGCUGCUUGGGGCCACUGCGGUCCAGGUGGACGGCUUCAUUGCAAGCGCCUGGGACGCCUUCCGGGAGGAGCGGCGCAAGAAGGAGAAGGACGAGAGUCGGUACCUUUACAUGCCGGUGCUGGGCCGCGGCGGCCCCGACGGCGACAAUGCGGGCAGCAGCCGCUGGACCUACAAGCGCUACCAGCUGUCCGAUGACAAGUCCUUUGCGUCACUCUUCCACCCCGACAAGGCCGCCCUCCUCGAACUGCUGGACGCCUUUGCCCACGGCCGCGGCAAGUUUGCCAUCCCGGGGUACCCCCAGAAGCUGGGGUUCCUGCUGCACGGCCCCCCUGGCACCGGCAAGACGUCGCUCAUCAAGGCGCUCGCGGCGCACACGGGGCGCUCCAUCGUGUCUGUCCCCCUGAGCCGCGUGUGCACAAACCAGGAGCUCAUGGACAUGAUGUUUGACCAGGCCGUGGCCGUAGAGGGGCGGGACAUGCCAGUGGCCCUGCCGUUCUCCUCUGUGAUCUACAUUUUUGAGGACGUGGACGCGUGCGGGGACAUCGUGCAGCGGCGCGACGGCAAGACGCCCCCCGCCGCAGCCGCCGCCGCCGCGGCCGCAGAGGCGAAGCGCGCGGCCGCCGCGUGGCGCCGCAAGGGCGGCUGGGUUGGCGGGCAUUGUGGCGGGGCAGACCUUGUAAUCGACAUCACGGCCGGCAGCUGCUCCGAGGAAGAGGAGGCCGGGGCAGGGGCCCAGGACCAGGGGGCAUCGGCGGGGCAGGCCAGCGGCGGCGGCGCCGCCUCGCCCUUGCAUUCACCCGGCGCCGGCGCCCGCAAGCCCGGCGCGGCGGCGGCCGCCCGGCUCGGCGCGGGUGCGGGCUGGCCGGCCGGCUUUGGCGGCGACGACGCGCUUGACCUGGCGGGCCUGCUGAACGUGCUGGACGGCGUGGUGGACACCCCCGGCCGCAUCGUGGUGCUGACCAGCAACCACCCAGAGAAGCUGGACCCGGCCCUCAUCCGCCCCGGCCGCGUGAACAAGAAGAUCUACAUGGGGCUCGUCGCGGCGCGCGAGGCUCGGCAGAUGGUGGCGCACUGGUUCGGGCGCGACGCGCUGGGCGGCGCCGCGGAGGCGGCGCGGUUCGGCGCCGCGUUUGCGGACGGCGCGCUGUCGCCGGCGGCGCUCGAGGCGAUGUGCGCGGAGCACGAGGGGGUUGGGGGCCUGCUGACCGCGCUGGAGGCGCACCCCUCGCUGGCUGCUGCGCGCACGGCGCGCAAGGCCGACGCUGCGGCUGUCUAA